GAGAUUUUUCUGAAUCCGCUAUAGCCAUAACUCUUCACGAACAAGAACUCUACUAUUUUUAUUAAUCAACCAAAAUCUCUCUUCACUCCAAACAGAACACACUAGCGAGAAAAAAAGUGAUAAGCCCAAAAACUCUGCGUUCUCUCACAAAUUAAACAGCGUCACUAUCGCAUAGAUUGUGAAUUCAGUGAUUGAGUUUUGCGGUGUACUGUGUUGCGAAGUCUGUGUAUCAGAUUUGUGGACAUGGGUGCUUAUGAUCAAGUUUCUCUUAAGCCAUUGGAUUCUUCUAGAAAGAGGAAAAGUAGGAGCAGAGGGUAUGGGACUAGAUCCGUGGCUGAGACUAUUGCAAAGUGGAAGGAAUACAACGAACACCUUUAUUCUGGCAAAGAUGAUAGUAGAACAACUCCAAAGGCACCGGCUAAAGGUUCGAAGAAAGGGUGCAUGAAAGGGAAGGGAGGACCUCAAAACUCUCAGUGUAACUACAGAGGAGUUAGGCAGAGGACAUGGGGGAAAUGGGUUGGUGAGAUUAGGGAGCCCAAUAGAGGAAGCAGGCUUUGGUUGGGUACCUUCUCUUCUGCCCAGGAAGCUGCUCUUGCCUAUGAUGAAGCUGCUAGAGCUAUGUAUGGUCCUUGUGCACGCCUCAAUUUUCCCGGCAUCACAGAUUAUGCUUCUUUUAAGGAAUCGUUGAAGGAAUCUCCGAUGGCCGCAUCGUCCUCUUGUUCUUCGGCAGAAACUGCAACAUCUGACACUACUACUACAUCCAACCAAUCGGAGGUUUGUGCAGCUGAUGAUGUUAAGGAGAAUCCUCGACUUGUCAAUGUGAAUGAUAAGGUUAACGAUUGUCAUAAGGCUUAUGAAGCUGCCUCACCAACUAGCAGAAUGAAGCAAGAGCCUAAGGAUGAGGCUGUGGAUCACAUGGUCCCCGGGGCUGGGAAAAUUCUAGAUGUCAGACCAGAAGGAACACAUGAUGCCGGGCAGGUUGCAGAGGAUGUAAACAAAGAUCAGAUGGACUUGCCAUGGAUUGAUGGCUUUGAUUUUAGUGACAAUUACUUGAACAGGUUUUCCACGGAUGAGUUAUUUCAGGUGGAUGAACUUUUGGGGCUUAUAGAUAAUAACCCAAUUGAUGAGUCUGCGUUGAUGCAAAGUUUGGAUUUUGGACAAAUGGGUUUUCCUGGAGAUGGUAAUCCUCAGGUGGAUGAUACGCUUUCAAGCUUUAUUUAUCAGUUGCAAAAUCCAGAUGCCAAGUUGUUGGGAAGUUUGCCCCAUAUGGAGCAGACACCUUCAGGUUUUGAUUAUGGAUUAGAUUUCUUAAAAACAGUGGAGCCAGGGGAUUAUAAUGGUGGAGGGGAAGAACCGCGAUUUCUUAAUUUGGAUGAUGAUCUGAACCCUGAUUCAAAGGGCAUGCAAGCAAGGAAGGAUGACUAGAGAAGGCGACGUGCAUAAGUCUAUCAUCUGCCUCAUUUUCAACUGGUUCGAGCAUCUGCUAGUAAUCUGUCUCUUAGGUUGUUGUCCCCUUUUUAGCUAUAUACAGGUGCAUAAGAGGAAUACAACUAUACAACUAAUACAAGAAAUUUGAUUUGUUUAUGUUCUUUUAAUAUGCUAAUUCUCUGUAAGAUUUUUUAAAAUGGAGAAUUUAGCUGUGACAAUAUUUGUUAAUUCUUUUUACUUACAUGUUUUUUGGGAUUCAAAUUGGACUGCCUUUAACUACAUAGGUGGAGCUGAGGAGUAGACUGUUUGAAGUCGUUUGGCUGACUAUAGUUGAGCACUGAUUUGGAUACAAAAUUUCUUUGUUAUGUACCAUGGAGAACUAUUAUAUCUCGAGUAUAUUAUAUCGUUGCUCACUUUUUGUGUAUAAAAA